AUGAAGAGGCCUCCUAGAUAUUGCUGCCUGGAAGCAACGCUAGCCUUACAGAGACAGCGCUGCCUGGUGCUGGAGGCGAAACAGGAUAGUGGCUGGGAGGGUUGGGGGAAAGCGUGUCGACAAAGACAUGGUGAGCAGAUGGAACAAAACUCUCGAGGCUCAGGGGGUUCCCUGUGGCUAUUUCCAUUGUGUCUGCUGAAGCCCUCCACUGCCAAAAUAAACCCUCCGUUUAUACAUUAUUACACCCAUCCUCUCCAUGAGAGGACACGCAAAUCUGCACAACGCGAGAAGGGCGCAGCACUAAAUUUAAAGAGUCCCAAUAUUCUCAAACAAAAAGAAGAACCCGGUUGCAAAGCAACAUGGGAGGGUGCCACGGCAAAGGCUGCCUGGAAGCAGAAGACGCAGCACCUCGCCUUGGCUGUCUUGUCAGCAGCGGCAGCAACCCAGCUGCCACUCACAGCAGAGACUCCUGCUGCUCCUGUGCCCCCCCAGGGGUGGCCUGCAGCACUGCAGCAAGCGGCGAACGGACUGCCAUGUGCAGCGACAGCAGCAGCGACAGCAGCUGCUCUUGCGUCUGCCGCUGCAGCACAAGCAGCCCCUGUGUCGCCCAAUGAGUCCCUUUGGCCUCUUUUCAAGACUCGGAUGCGCGCGCAUACAGACGAUUCCUUCGCCCCUCAUUCUUCCCCCAGUCCCUUGCUGCAAAUUGAGAACUGCUUGCUCAAGCAGCAGCUCAGAGACAGAGCUACCAAAUACGUGCUAUCGGCGAUGGCGAAUUGUCUGGAAGAUCGUCAUCUCUACAGAAUCAACUACUCUCCCAAGUACACAGACAACGCCUUCGAAUACAGAGUAGUCUCUCUGCCCCUAGACCAUCCGUUUUUACAGCUACCCCAGCCGAUCCUGCUGAAUUUUGCUGCUGCACCUGCGGCUGCCCACUUUGUCGUUGCGGCUGCCGCUGUGGCAGGGGAGCAGCUGAGCUUCCUGGAGGAGACAUUGAUGCUUCCUUCUUCCACGAGCUCUCCUAGCACACCCCUCUCCCCUGCUGUCGCUGAGAGGUUAUCUUCGGAUACCUCCUUGGUUGCAGCAGCUGCGGAGGCCUGUGCUGCGGCUGUUGCGGCAGACCGUGCAGCAGCAGCCUCAGAGGCAGCAGCAGCAGCAGCUACCGCAAGAGCAGCAGCAACAGGUGCUGCUCUUGAGGGGUCUCUUGCGGCUGUUGAGUCCGAAAGGGUAGCCGCAGCAGUGAGAGAAGCGGCAGCAGCUGCAGCAGCAGCGCAAGCAGAAGCAGCAGUAGAAGAAGCACCCGUUGCUGCUGCUGCCGUGGGAAUGCUUUUUGAGCGCUCCCUCCAGCUUCCUGAGGCGGCCUGGCGAAGUCUGGGGGUGAGUUUGUCAAAGGCUGGGCGCAUAUUGGCACCAGCAUGCACGAAGCGAAUACAUUUCUAUUUGCAAGGUAUCAACACAGCACCCGCGGCAGCAGCAGUAGCUAGAGCAAGAAAGAGAGUUUUUGCCCCUGGUGCAGAAACGUGUUGA